CUGUUGCAGUUGUUUCACGUCAAAACAAUCCGGAAGACGAUAACCUACAGCAUGAAGGAAUGGUCUGCACGUAUUUGCUAUUAUACGGCGAUACCGAAGUUUUAAUUUCUAUGUAAUAAUGCAAGCUAACUAUGACAAUAGCUCAAAUGGUUAGUCUUUAAUAAGUCAUUCAAUUUGUUGCAUCCGAAGUCCACACCUUAGCACAGGCUACCUCUGUCCUCAGAUCAGUGCUGUAGCUUAUUGCGCUCAAUUUGUAGUCAUUAUGGGGAAUGGGAUGAACAAGGUUGUUGAUGGGCUCUUCCUUGGUAACAUAAGAGAUUCAGAGGACAGAGAAAGUCUGUCAAAAAACGGAAUCACACACAUUUUGUCUGUGCACAACAAUGCCAAGCCUGUGUAUGAGGAUAUGACCUACCUUUGUAUUCAUGCAGAUGAUGCCGCCAGUCAAAACUUAUUACAACAUUUUAAAGAUUCCAUUGGCUUCAUCCAUGAGUGCCGUUUAAAUGGAGGCGCAUGUUUGGUUCACUGUCUUGCAGGAGUAUCUCGAAGCACUACGAUGGUGGUGGCCUACCUAAUGACAGUCACAAAGUUUAACUGGGAGGAAUGCCUGUCUGCCAUUAAAGCUGUUCGUUCAUUUGUGGGUCCCAACUAUGGCUUCCAGCAGCAGCUACAAGAAUAUCAAUCAACUCUAGUUUCAGAGUACCGAGCUUGGUUAGAGUCCAGUUUCCACCCAAGUCCUUUCAAAGACCAGGAGCAAGUGGGUGUGCUGCUGAGCCAGUACACAGAACAACAGGAAAGCCAGAGAAGAGGAGUGGACAAUCGCUGGUCCAGUCAUAGACGGGAAGACUGUGCUUUGCCCAAUGAUGAUGAUGAUGAUAAUAACGAUGAAGAUAAGAGCUGAACUGCCACCACGACACUGUCACUUUAACAUUGCUAUCUGCAGAAGAUUGUACCCCCUUCAUUACCCCUUUAUUCAGCCAAAGCCAAUGUAUGCAUUCUUUGUUCACUUAGAAAAGUUUUAAAAACUCUGUUUAUACCACGAAUAUAUGAGUAUAUCAUUAGGGUAUUGGUCUUUUCACAGGCGCCUUAACACCUUAGCUAUAUUAUAUCACAAGUACUUCCAGCUUGGAAACUUUAAAUUAAUGUAUAGUGAUUUUUACAUUUAAGAAAUGUUUACCUCUGCUGUAUUGAUUGUUUUUUUUUAAAAACACUCUUACUAAAAUGUCAUUAUUGAAAAGUGGACAUAUAGCCAUACGAGUCAUAUUUCUAUUUUUGUUACGCUAGUUGUAAAUGUAAUUGUUUUUAUGUGACCUAAGCUGCCAUAAAGAAAGCUGCCUCAAAUGUAGCACAAUAAUGCAACAUUUGAUUAUGUUUGUGGACAAAUAAGAAGUAAACAGUGUCUGAAGGUUUGUGUUUUAGAAAUGCUUUAGUCUUCCUGAACAAUGCACAUGCAAUUCUUAUUGUUUUGUCCUGAUGGGAAACUGUAUACAAUGUGUUUUGGCAAUAAUAAAAAAGAGGCACACUAGUAUUCUUUAGCUGUGA